UUCCGUUUUAUCAGUUGUGUUCUGCCAGUUCUGACGGACAGUGUCGCGAGUGUUGUGGCCAACAUCGAUGCAACUCCUUUUUGUGCUCCUACCAACCACCCGCAGUAUGCAAAGAUGACGAACUGUUUGACUGCCCACGUGCCAAUACAUUGUUUGGCGUAUGUAAAGACAUCAGUCACGCCAAACAAGUGUGUCCAAAGUUCUGUGGACUUUGCGACGUUGUUGACGGGAAGUGGUCCGACUGGACGUCAUGGUCGGCAUGUGGUGUCACUUGUGACCAUGGCAACAUGACACGUGUUCGAACAUGUUCCAAUCCAGCACCUAAUCAUGGCGGAGCUAACUGCACAGGGGAACAUCUCCAGAGUAAACAUUGCACGCUUGAACCGUGUCCCAUUCAUGGUGGAUGGAGUGAUUGGAAUGCCUGGGGCAGCUGCGCAAGGACCUGUGGUAUUGGAAUGGCCCACAGAGAUAGGACGUGCACCAACCCAAAACCACAGAGGUUCGGAGACCAUUGCUUCGGUGACGCAAAUGAGCAUAGGAUAUGCAUGGAUACUACUUGCAAAGACGGAACAUGGUCAGCAUGGGACGACUGGGCCUCCUGUACAGUAACAUGUGGCAUUGGCGUGAUACAUCGACAUCGGACUUGUGGGAACUCCACGCUCGCCCAUCAAGGCUAUGAAUGUGUUGGCAGCGAUAUCGAAUCUAAAGUUUGCAACGCAUUCCAAUGUGCAGAACCUCGUACUUGCUAUGAUAUUAUGCGGUACGGCAUCGGCAACUCAUCAGGAGUGUACUCGGUAUAUAGUCCUAUUAGUGACAGGAGAAUUGAGGUGUUCUGUGACCUUGAGACGGAAGGAGGUGGGUGGACUGUAUUCCAGAAUAGAUUCAAUGGUUCUGUGAAUUUCUACAGACCAUUUGCAGACUACGAAGCAGGUUUCGGAACAAUCCAUGGUGAAUUUUGGUUAGGUUUAAAACUGCUAAAUGAGCUGACUACUGGGGUAGAAAUCAAGGAAAUACGUGUCGACAUUGAAGCAGCUAACGGCAGGAGGGCGUACGACGUUUAUCGUCCAUUUAGCGUAGCAGCAGGACCUGAUUACACAGUUCAUCUCAGCAACAGAGUUAGGUCUCAUGGAAUGUCUAAUGUAACUAGAUACGAACUCUCUUACAUGGACGGGUCUAGAUUCAGCACAUACGAUCACGAUGUGGACAGUGCUUCCAGUAACUGUGCUGCAUCCUACAAAGGCGGCUGGUGGUACAAGUCUUGUUACUCAGCCAACCUGAACGGCCAAUAUCUUGUCCCUGGGACACUAGUCUUACAAAACUGUAUGUGUCAUCUAGGCUAUGAUGGAAAUACUUUUGAAAGUCUGAAAACAAGCAGAAUGAUGUUCCGAAGUAUUUAAAUGAACAUGUUGUAAGCAAUGCAAUAGCCAUUGUU